AUAUAGCCUGAUUCGCCAUAUUUCAAAAUCAAUCAUGUUGGGACCUCUGUUUCUACUGAUUGCUGGUGUAAGUGGGUCCUGGGCCGCGGACUACGAGCUACUGCUCGAGGAUCCUGAUAUCGUCUCACCCUGUACCGAGCCUGCUCCCGGGUCGUUACAUUUUGCUGACCUCUUCAAUAUGGACGACUUUGUGUUCCAGCAGGAUGCUGAUAUCAUUCGCUUGAACGGGAACUUAACUUCCAUCUGGGAUGUGCAGCCCACGGACCGUAUUUCCGCCAGGUUCUCUACAAUGCACUUUGAGCGCGGCAACUGGGAGCCCACCGUAUUCAGCGUGUUUACACCAGACUUUUGCUCCAUGAUGUUUGACGAGGAAAGAUAUUGGUUCAAAUACUGGACUUCCUUCAUUUCGAACCGCGAGGAAAUAGAGGAAAAGUGCAUCAGAACUCGUGGUACUGUCCUGGUGCAUAUACCAUUUGACUUUCGACUUUUUAUACGGAAUAUUUCUGCCCCAAACAUUAAAGGCCGCUAUAAGUUGGUGUCCGUAUUUGAGGCUUUCGACGAAAACGACAUCCGUCGACAAAAUUCUAUUUGCUUUGAAAUCCGAGGCGAAGUCGACAAAGUAAAGAAAUAAAUUCCAAGGCUCUGCUGGGUUUCUUGAAUACGCAACGAUUUGAUAUAUUAAUAAUAAAAGUGUUAAUAAUAUAAGUGUUAAUUUCAUUGCGACAUUUUAACCAUUCAACUACUGCAAUCGUUCUUAAAUAUAUCGUAUUCAAACAA